AUGCCGAGGGCCCCCGUGGGCGCGUGCCCGUCUCUGCACCUGGAGGCCAGCGGAGUGCCCACCCCAGGGCCUGGCAGCUCCAGCGCGGAGCAGCCUACCUGGCACGUUAGCGUUGCCCCCUACAACCAGACAUCUCUGCAGACCUUGCUCAGUGCCCCCCGGAACAAUCAGCCCAGCUCCACGUCCAUCUGCUGGCCGGGCUGCCCCCUCGGAAGCCAUGCUUGGAUACUGAUAGCCAUCGUGCAGCUCGCCCUGGACCUGCCCGCGUGCGAGGCGCUGGGCCCCGGCCCCGAGUUCCGGCUGCUGCCGCGACCCUCGCCCCGGCCACCCCGCUUGUGGAGUUUCAAGAGUGGACAGCCCGCCCGGGUCCCGGCGCCCAUGUGGAGCCCCCGCCCGGCCCGCGUGGAGCGCGGCCACGGACAGAUGCAGAGUCCCCGUGCCAAACGGCUGCACAGACCCAGGGACCAGGUGGCCGCCCUGGUGCCCAAAGGGGGGCUCGCCAAGCCCCCAGCUGCUGCCAAAUCCGGACCUUCCCUGGGCUCCUCCUCAGCCUCCUUGUCCCCUGCGGUGGGCAGCGGGGUUGCCACGGACCAGCAGGCCCUCCUGAGGAGGGGGAAGAGGCAGCUGCAGGCGGCCAGUUUCAACAGCUUUGAUUUCCGAGGCAGCAGACCCACCACGGAGACGGAGUUCAUCGCGUGGGGGCCCACGGGGGAGGAGGAGGCCCUGGAGUCCAACACAUUUCCCGACCGCCCCACCACGGUCUCCAGCUUCCACACGUGGAAGACAACUGUGGCCACAGCCACCACCACGACCACGGCCACCACGGCCACCUCCAUGACGCUGCAGACUAAGGGGGUCACCGUGCCCCUGGACCCCAGGAAUAGGAUCGCGGUUGGGCUUAGCACAACGGAGCCUUCCAUCAGCCCCAGCAGAGACAGUGGCAAGGACACCAAGCCCCCGCGGAUUCUGGGGGAGACCUCAGGCUUGGCUGUCCACCAGGUUGUCACCAUCACGGUCUCCCUCAUCAUGGUCAUAGCUGCUCUGAUCACAACUCUUGUCUUAAAAAACUGCUGCGCCCAAAGCGGGCGCGCGCGGAGGGACAGUCACCAGCGGAAGGUCAACCAGCAGGAGGAGAGCUGCCAGAACCUGACCGACUUCACGCCCGCCCGGGUGCCCAGCAGCCUGGACAUCUUCACGGCCUACAACGAGACCCUGCAGUGUUCCCACGAGUGUGUCCGGGCGGCCGUGCCCGUGUACACCGAUGAGACGCUGCACUCGAUCGGGGAGCACAAGUCCACCUUCAACGGGAACCGACCCUCGUCUUCUGACCGGCAUCUCAUUCCUGUGGCCUUCGUGUCUGAGAAAUGGUUUGAAAUCUCCUGCUGACUGGCCGGAGUCUUGUUUACCUCCUGGGGGCAGGGCAGACGCCGUGUGUCUGGUUCAUGG